AUGGAUCAACAAUUAUCGCACAGUGGACCAUCAUCAUCUCUUGCACUGGACAUCAAGAAGGCGGAGCUUGCGACGGCGGAUCUAAGAACUCUCAUAAAGUAUUCUUCGUUGACUAGCGCAUCGGAGAUAGUUGAUAGGUUAACGGAUUUUGUCGAAAAGGCUAGAAGUGUUGGAAGGGACUUACAAGUUUUGCAGUCUAGAACAAAAUCAUCCAUUGAUAACUUGAUUACAUACAAUCUGUUUGCCCUCAGGGCACUGGAAAAUGUUAGAGAUAAGAAAGUUAGUGUGAGAGAAUUGAAGAUGGCAUACAGUCAAAUGAUGACCUUGAUCGAAGGAGACUUAAAGAGAAUGAUUCUUGUGGGGCAGGAGGCUCUCGGAAGCCUAACAGAUUUGGAUGGAAUAUUGAUAUCCAUACACGAUAUAGCAACCCAGGAAUCCAAACUACAAAAUACAGAACGCGGGAAAUUACUGGCUGAAUUAUGGUCUAUACUUGGAGGCAAUUUUGAGAAGAAACAAAUAUACAAAGAAAACCUGCAAUUACUUCAAGACUUAGAUAGGCAAAGAAAAAUAGCAGUAACACAAAUACAAACUACACUGUACGGUUUAACUUCAUUUCAGCUGGAUAUAGAGGAGCUGAGAGAACAAGUGUCAAGGCCAUCAAUGAUCGAGAUGCCAAUUGAGGUGCACAUAGAAAAUGUUGGGAAAGGCAUAGAGAGAUUGAGGGGUAGUAAAGUAGCGUUGAAGAGCGGAAGUGCCACAACCGAGACAAAGCAUAGGAUGAUUGAUACUGGAAACGAGAAUAAGCCUAUUAAUGUUAACCUUAAUACCGAUGCCGACGAUGAAAAUGUUGAAUGA